AUGACUGUUGAAAUUUUUUCUCUCCCAGGCACGUUAACCGAGAAAGAGUCCUCUCCUCACACUAGCUACCACCGAGCAAACAACAACCUGCCAUGCAACACAAGCUCCCCGCCAAACGAUAAGGCUGCGAGGAUACCAUACGCCGACAAAGGAAAGGGCAUAGCUUACCAGUCCGAACCCAGCCAAUGGAAGCGCAUCCGAGCUCCAGAACUGGACACGUCGGAUCUGGUAAAAGAAAACGCUCUUACGCUCAUCGGAAGACUGACUAACCCAAAGGAACAAAGGCUACGAGCCAUGUUCAACUUCUUCCUAGACCGUUGGGAACUCAAGAGUAGUUUCGAAGGCUCGGACCUGGGCCACGACUGCUUCCAACUUAGAUUCAACAGAGUGGAAGAUCUCAAGAAGGUUCUUGAUAACAGACCGUACCAAUUUGGCCAUUGGAUGGUCAUACUACAGAAGUGGGAACCGGUAAUCUCCUCUAGCUUCCCGUCUCAAAUUCCCUUCUGGAUCCGGCUCAAGGGUUUACCACUGCACUACUGGAAAGAAGAGCUCAUCUGCAACAUCGACAGGGAGGCUGGUACCCUACUUGGCCAUGAGAUCUCUAAAACGGAGGCAAAGAUUCAUGUAUCAAUCAACGCGCUAGAGCCAAUAGUGAAGGAAACCAUCGUUGAAUUUGCCUCGGGAGAAGAAGCCUUGGUAACACUCGAAUACGAAAGACUUGGCUUCCACUGCUCAAGCUGCAACAAGCUAACACACAACAACAAAGACUGCAAGUUGAGAAGCACAGAAGACCAGACCCUAAACAAGACAAACCCUGAACCUCGGGACAGACCAAAAUCUACUCAUAGAGAGGAAAGAGAAGACAGAGAGCUUCGAGGAAGGAGGGAUGGGUCACCUGACUACAGUCACAGAAGAGAUAGAUAUGGUAGAGCUUUUGGGGAACGAGUCUAUUAUAGCAACUCCGCGAGUGAGGUGAACAGAGAGAGAUCUACUGCCUCCAGCUUCCAACGCAGACACAACACUCAUAGAGACUACCCAGAGAGAAGCCGCCACCCACAAAACCGGGAACCUGAAGGUUCCAACGGUGUGGGAAGGAGAGAUCUGAGACCCCAUCUGCAAGAAAAACACGUGACAAAUGGCAGAAGCACCCAGUCAGGGCUACAGUGGCGCGAAAAAUCUCCCUCGAGUUACACAAGAAGAGAAACAACACCGGAGUUGGGAGGGAACCACACUUACCAAACACCGAGAAGAGAGAGACUGGAACCAGAACCAAACAUCCCUGCAAUCCCUACAAUAGAUGAGGUUAUGGAAGACCUAAGAGAGGUGACGGUCUGA